GAACGAACAAGAGCCGGCGGGAACGCGGCAAGAUAUCAUCACCCCAGCCUGGCUCUUGCUGCACCGCUGGCUGCAACGUUGUCCUGCUGCUCUGCAGCUGGAAAUCAUUGCUCUGCGGGGCCCUGCUGCUCUGCAGCUGGAAAUCAUUGCUCUGCGGGGCUUGCUCGAGGGCGAAAGGUUGACACGAUAUUCGGAAACGACACACGCACAGGUUUCGGCACCCGGCCACCGGCUGCAGGGAGGGCAAACUAGGAAAGAGGAGUUGUGAAAGGGCAGGGGGUGGACUAAAUGGGCUUCUUGGGAUUAAAGGAGGCCUUUCAGGGCCAGAUGCAGCUGUUUUUCGGAUGUCUGGGGGGGUUGGCGGCGCGGUUCGGGGUGCGGACACCGGUCGAGCACGCCAUGUUUGGGGGCUACAUCUCCGUGCUCACGGGGGCCACCGAGUUCGUUCUGUCCAUCAUCGCGGGGGAAGAUGAGGACAGCAGCUCGUUGCUCGGCAUCUCCAUCAUGGCGUUCGCCGAGAUCGUGGGUAGCCUGCUGGUGCUGUGGCGGUGGAGGAAGGGCAUGGGGAACGAUAGGGGGGGGGCGUCGCAUCGAAAGUCGGAGCAACUACAAGAGGAUGCCAAGUGCUCCCUGUGCGUGGGUCUCAUCUCCUUGGCGGUUGUGGCAGCGCUUGUGCUGGAACGACUUGUUUCGUGGGCAGAUAGCGCCACCGGCAUCUGCCUGUCGCUGUACAUCGUGUAUGAAGGGUUGAUGAGCGUGUGGGAGGCGAGACAGCAGUUCGUGGCUCAUUUGGAGGGAGACGAGGGCUUACGAUUGGUCCCUCUGAUGCAUGAGAGGCUGCUUUUAGACAAGGAAGAGGGCACGGCUUUGCUCGAGGAGACAAUGUAA